AUGACCCGGCACUCCAUACGCUCCCCAGCGUUAAAGAAACCUUGCCCCCGUGCCUUCACCUCCUGGAAGAAUCCCUUCUAUAACAAUGGCAAUGAGAGCGGCACUGGGAGACGUGAUCAGCAAGAUGAAAAAAUCAAGUGCUUUUAUUCAGUCUACGUUUCGGGGACGCAGCCCCUUCGUCAGGAUAAAUUAAAUGACAAUAAUCAGUGUUUAAAUACUCGUGCAAAUAGAGAUAGCCAGCGUUCCCACCUCUCCUCCUUCACUAUGAAACUGAAGGACAAGUUCCAUUCUCCCAAAAUCAUCAAACGAACUCCCUCCAAGAAAGGCAAGCCGGCCGACCUGACGGUAAAGACCGAGGAGAAACCGGUUAAUAAAACUCUCAGCCGCCUGGAGGAACAGGAAAAGGAGGUCGUCAAUGCCUUGCGGUACUUCAAGACCAUUGUAGACAAAAUGGCCGUAGACAAGAUGGUGCUUGUGAUGCUGCCGGGGUCGGCCAGCAAAGUACUGGAAGCUAUUCUGCCACUGGUUCAGGUGGAUACACACUCUCAGCAAAGCACUGCAAUCUCCUCCUGCUACAGCAGAGUGUACCAGUCUCUUGCCAAUCUCAUUCGCUGGUCUGAUCAGGUGAUGCUAGAAGGGGUGAACUCUGAGGAUAAGGAGGUGGUAACCACUGUGAGAGAGGUCAUAAAGGCGGUCCUGGACGGUGUUAAGGUGAGGAUUGACCACAUGUCCUCAAACAAAACAGGCCCCACGGGAAGAGACCAAAGUCGGAGAGAAAGUCGGACCCCGAUAUUGAGGCUGGAGACAAUGGCAAUGGGAGCAUUCUGGAAGAAGAACAGCGGGAAGAAGAAAAAGCAGAAGAAGAAACAGAAGCAAAAGAAGCAGCAGCAGAAGAAGAAGCAGCAGCAGCAGCAGAAGAAGAAGAAGAAGAAGCAGCAGCAGCACUUGGUGGAACUGACAGACGAAAUCCUGAAGCUGCUGAUGGAACUAGUAUUCCGGCUGGUGUGUAAAGGAGAGCUCAGCCUGGCUCACAUGCUGCGCAAGAACAUUCUGGAGAAAGUGGAUAACAAGAGGAUGCAGAGUCACUGCAACUCUGCUAUGAGACCACUCGCUGCCAGGGGGGUGGCCGCAAGGCCAGGAACUCUCCAUGACUUUCAUAGCCAUGAAAUUGCCGAACAACUUACUCUCCUGAAUGCAGAACUUUUCUACAAGAUUGAGAUCCCCGAGGUUUUGCUGUGGGCAAAAGAGCAAAACGAGGAGAAGAGCCCAAAUCUGACACAGUUCACAGAGCACUUUAACAACAUGUCCUACUGGGUCCGAUCUAUCAUCAUGCUUCAGGAGAAGGCACAGGACCGGGAGAGGUUGCUGCUUAAAUUCAUCAAAAUUAUGAAGCACCUGAGAAAACUGAACAAUUUUAAUUCCUACCUUGCCAUCCUCUCUGCCCUGGAUUCCGCCCCCAUCCGUCGGCUGGAGUGGCAGAAGCAGACAUCAGAGGGGCUUGCUGAAUACUGCACUCUGAUGGACAGCUCGUCGUCUUUCCGGGCCUACCGUACAGCGCACUCUGAAGUUGAGCCGCCGUGUAUACCAUACUUGGGUCUAAUCUUACAAGACCUUACGUUUGUGCACCUGGGAAAUCCAGACCACAUUGAUGGGAAAGUGAACUUCUCUAAACGGUGGCAACAGUUCAAUAUCCUGGACAGCAUGAGACGUUUCCAGCAAGCUCAUUAUGAAAUUCGCCGGAAUGACGACAUCAUCUCUUUCUUCAAUGACUUCAGUGAUCACCUGCCCGAGGAGGCGUUAUGGGAACUGUCCUUGAAAAUCAAACCUCGGAAUAUCACCCGGAGGAAAACAGAAAGAUGAGAAAACAUAAGUUGGGGGAAUGACUGCCAAGUGGACAUUUGAAGAAGAGAUCUCCCUGACUGAGGGGGGAAUCAAGGGGUAGAUGGAGAUAUUCAUCGUGUUUACUAGUUGUCGCUGUCCCCUUCCAAAGAGUUGGGUUACCCCGCCCACUGUCGUCUUGUGUCUUGCGUUGUUAUUUUACGGUCUCCUGGACUGUUGCGAUCACACACCGUUCCGUGCCAUGUCUCUGUACAGACCUGUCUCCUAUUUCCCACAAAAUUGGAAAGUCGGACAUAUUGGAUUUUGUGCUGUGGUUUAGGCGACUAGUGCAGACCUUCCCCAUUCAUGAACCGAGGACUAACUGGUGUCAACAAGCUGGUAAAGACUGUAUGCUGAGCCCAGAUCCUUAAAGUUAUCGUUUAGGGUUGUUGUUUUUUUUCCCCCGUAACCCACAGGUUUGUUUUUUACUUUGGUUUUGUUUCUCCUCCACCCCCAGCAGAGGGCAGCGCACAGCUCCUGUUAAUAUCCACAUUCUGUUUCAGAGGGAGGCAGAAGUAAUGUUAUAUGUAUUAUUUAUUAUAUAUAUUUUCUUUUAUGCUGUUGCAUGAUAAGUAUACAGAGACUGAUUGUGUAAUGUAUAUAGAGGAGAAAUGACAUGCCAGAUCCAGAAUCUGUGCAAGUGACAUACCAUGGGAGCAGUGUCUCACAACAGGUCAAAUAAAUGUUUUAAACAGU